AUGAGUGCUUCUGAGUGCUGGCUUCACCGCAUACACCUGCCUCCCGGGGAGUCCUGGCCACGAGUAUGGUCCGGGGAUUUCAAGGCCUGCUCCCCCGACUUCCUUUCGGAAUCUGCGGAGCGAAGGUACCGUUUGGAGAAGCUCCUCCAGCGUGCAGCCACGGGGCAGACUCUUACUUCGAGCUCUAAAGCAAGCAGCCGCUGGUAUGGGAACUUCAGCGGCUUGAAGAACUACUCGGGAAAGAAAGGCAGGCUUCUUCUGAAUAAAGACGGAGUCUUAUUUGAGGCGAAAAGCGGCUACUCCUCCUUGCUUAUCCCGAUGUUGCUUGCAGAUGUCAUGUCUGCACCUGUGAACAAACAGCUGGCGCCACCUCUCUUACGAGCACCAGAGGCCACGCAUAUCAUUUUGAUUGCCCCUCGUGCUACUGGUGGAGUAAGGCCAGCGAUUUGGCUGCUUUGUACGAUUGCCGACGACUCUUCUCUGGAUCACCUCAUCAUGAGUCUUAGCAUGCGGGGAGCUGUUCGAUGGAAUAUUCGGCAGUGCCUCCACCUUGCAUCAGAUAGUUUCGGCCAGGGAUCCCACGGGACGAUCUUUGCUGGCAUGUCGCUGCUCCCUUUGCAUGAAGAGCACCGCGAGCUGAUCCCUGCGAAAGCGGAUGUGCUGAAUAUGAGCAAGGUCCACAACUUCGCACGGGUGGCCGUGAAGAUUUGGGACAAGCUCGACUCGGCGAUGGUUCGUCGGGAGGUGGGCUUCCUUCAGCAGUCGGCCGGUCAUCCGAACAUCUCGGCGCUCUUGGGCAUCUACGCGGAGGCCCAGACGAAGGCCAACGUGACGUGGCUCCUUGCGAUGGAGCACUGCACCGGCAGUGAUCUCUUCAACACUAUCAAGGCCAAGUGUUUGACCCUGGGUUUCAUUCUGCAGAUUCAAGCCGGCUUGUCAUCAGCAUUGGCACAUCUGCACUGCUUGAACAUCGUCCACCGAGAUGUGAAAGCCGAGAACGUGGUCAUGCAGAAGGAUCGCGCCGUGCUCAUUGACUUUGGCAUUGCAGCAUACCGAAAUGACAAGGAGGCCAUGUGUCAGGCCAUAGGAUCGCCUGGCUACGCGGCGCCGGAGAUCAUCUCUCCUACAGAGGGCGGCUACGACGAGCUGGUGGACGUCUUCGCCCUUGGAGUUGUGAGCUACUUCAUGAUGUUUCGGGCUUUGCCUUUUUGGGGGAAGACCCAAGAUGAGACGCUGGAGCAGACUCGGCGCGGUGAGGCGGAGAUUCCCGAGUUGAAUGACGAGCGAUGGCGUGCAGUUGUCUCUCUGGUAUUGCGGAUGAUGUCCAAGGAGGCCCAGGAUCGGCCGAGCGCCCUGGCUUGCUUCAAGGAGCUGACGGAGCUGGAGCCUCUGGUGACAAAAAGCGGAAAGUCUCGCGCCCUCCGGAUCGCCGAGGCUGCCUUAGUGCACUAUGGCUAUGUGGAUGCAGCUGAAGAUUGCAGCUUGGACGAGUUUUGCGAAAGCGCUGCACCGGAGGUGGAGGAUGCUUCGCCACCGGUUGCUGCACCCAAAGCCUCCUUGCUGAGCGGAGUUGGUCGAAUGCUGACUGCGGCGAAGGGGAGGAUCCCUGCCGUGCAUGCGCCCAGGGUCCGGCAAAUGGUGUCCAAGGCUUUUCGGAGGAGUGCUCAUGCAUCCGAGGUGGUGUCAAAAGUGUCGGGGCCGGAGAAUGAAUCUCAAAGCUCCGGUGGGCAUUGCUUCGCCGAGGCCUACGGCUUGAUGCUAGGCGGGGAUGCGGAAGGAGCAGAGGUGACGGGAGUUGUUCCGAAAGCAACGGACACGCUCCCCGGUCUUGUGGUCUCCAAUGCAGAACCAGCGAAAAACCAGGGAGAGCAAGAUGAUCGAGAUGCAGCCGAGUGCGGCUCGACCAUCAUCGCGGAGUCCGAGAAGGACGAAAAGCAGCGCGACAGAGCGACCAGUUCCAGUAUCGUGCUUGACUUUCCCGGCAAGGCUGCUGAGGAUCUGGAUCUUCUCCUGGAGGAAGAUGACCUGGACGGUGCAUCAUCAGUUCUUCCGCCAACAGACGGUGCAAAACUACCUCAUCCGCCCACAGACCAAGAUGAAGCAUCUUGGCAGUCUCACUCCGCACCGCCACCGUGCGACUGCCCAGAGGUGUUGUCAGGUCAUCAACAGUGCGACUUGCGCCGGUUCAACAAACACGUGAGUGAGUCGCCCGACGAGUCGCAAGAAGAAGGAGACGCUUUUGAGUUUGCGCCCGUAGUCAGUGACGAGCUUGAGUAA